UCUCAUUGGUGGCAUAUGGCUUAUAUCCAGAAGAUACCCAGUUCCCGCGGUCCACAGGGGUACAGUCUAUAGAAUGAGCAGGCCUGUUUUAGAGAUCCAUCAGUCUAGAUGCUACUCUACUGGAGGAAGAAAGGGUUUUAUAUCAGGUUUUGUGGAGAACAUCAAACAGGAAUUAGCAAAAAACAAGGAGAUGAAAGAAAGUAUUAAAAAAUUCCGAGAUGAAGCUAAGAAGCUCGAAGAAUCUGAUGCGCUUCGAGAAGCAAGGAGGAAAUAUAAAACCAUUGAAUCUGAAACAGUGAAGACCUCAGAAGUGAUUAAAAAGAAACUUGAAGAAAUAACUGGUACAGUUAAAGAGAGUUUGGAUGAAGUAAGUAAAAGCGAUAUUGGCCGAAAGAUAAAGGAAGGUGUGGAAGAAGCAGCAAAAACAGCAAAGCAGUCUGCGGAGUCAGUGACAAAAGGAGGGGAGAAACUAGGCAAGACAGCAGCCUUCAAAGCUAUUUCUCAGGGAGUAGAAACCGUUAAGAAGGAAAUAGAUGAAAGUGUUUUAGGGCAGACUGGUCCUUACAAACGUCCGGAGCGACUACGAAAAAGAACAGAAUUCUCAGGCGAGAGGAUUAAAGAGGAGCGAAUAUUUGAAGCUAAUGAGGAGGCCAUGGGUGUGGUGCUGCAUAAAGACUCAAAAUGGUAUCAGCAGUGGAAAGAUUUCAAGGACAACAAUGUGGUCUUCAAUAGGUUCUUUGAAAUGAAAAUGAAGUAUGAUGAAAGCGAUAAUGCAUUCAUUCGAGCUUCCAGAGCUGUCACAGACAAAGUCACUGACUUAAUAGGUGGCUUGUUCUCGAAGACAGAAAUGUCCGAGGUUUUGACAGAGAUACUCAAAGUGGAUCCAUCCUUUGACAAAGAUCGGUUUUUAAAGCAAUGCGAGUAUGAUAUCAUCCCCAAUGUCUUGGAGGCUAUGAUGGCUGGAGAGCUUGAUAUACUCAAAGAUUGGUGCUAUGAAGCGACUUACAGCCAGCUUGCUCAUCCAAUCCAGCAAGCCAAAGCCAUGGGUCUCCAGUUCCACUCCAGGAUUCUUGACAUUGACAACAUUGACCUGGCUAUGGGGAAGAUGAUGGAGCAGGGACCAGUAUUAAUCAUCACUUUUCAAGCUCAGGUCGUGAUGGUAAUUAAGAACCAGAAAGGGGAAGUGGUGGAAGGUGAUCCGGACAAGGUUCUGCGGAUGCUGUACGUGUGGGCCCUCUGCAGAGACCAGGAUGAACUCAACCCCUACGCUGCGUGGAGGUUGUUGGACAUUUCUUCAUCGAGCACCGAGCAGGUUCUCUGAGCAGAAUCGCAUCCAAGGGCUUCCUGUACCUCUCUUGAAGCAACACCAUCUCUGAACUUGCACCAGUCUGCUGUAGCAUGGACUGUGGGGGAAAGAGGCCAGACUGGUUGCUUUUCAGAAGGACAGGCUAUUUGGUGUGCCCUCAUUAUACCAAUUCCCUGUAAUGAACUGGACGAGUCUGACGUAUCUGCCUUACGCUUUGCUGUGUAGUAUUGCACUGUAAGGAUGUACGGUGGAUUGCAACGUGAAUGGUCUAAGACACUAGCAGCUGCUGUUGGCUCCUUUUUUAAUUGUGCUGAAGGAGACUGGUUUGGGUCCUGUAUGCUUCCCAGUGCUUCCAGUGAUGGAUGGAGGUGGGUACCGGAGAGCGAGAUGCGACAGGUCUAGUUCCCAUCUGCUGUCAUCCUCUGGUGGCCUCAAAGCAUUCCUGAAAAGAUCUUAGAGGUGCUUGUAAGGCAUGUUGGUCUGAGCUAACGCCUGUCUCUUGUACAGAGUUGCACCGAUAAGCCUUCUGUUGCUGCAGUGUCUUGCACUUUACCAAACCAAAUACAAUCAGGACUUUGCACAUGGCUCUUUGUUGGCGUGGAGCGGAGUCGGGAUGGAGGAGUUGGCAUCAUCAGGCAGGUUCUCGAGGCCAAUGGCGGGGUGGGGGGCGUUUGCUGCCAGUGAUAAUAUUUAUAUAGCCACAGCUUUGCAGGGGGACAGUUAUUGUUUCUGGUGUUCUGUUCAUCGUGUUGGCUGGUACCGCAAAAGAGCGCACAACCGCAUUUCUCUGCUGGGUUAAUUGGAUGGUGCGGAGGAGAGAGGCUACGAGGAAGCAGGCAGAGCGCUAGAACAGUGGUCAGGAGUAGGGAUGGACAGAACAGCAACAAAUCGGUCAAUAAAAUGCAGUAACAGGUAGAGAACAUCACCUCUUGUAGCUGAGGUGUUUAUGAUGUGAGAUGAGAAAAGAGGGCGCAGUUCACACGCACUUUUACCGUGUGAAGCGCGUUACGAGCGUGGCUUUCUUCGCCAGAUGGACUCGUGCUUCCUGGGGAUGGCACGUGUGGCCUGGGGGCCCAGGUAGCAAUGGGAAGACGUCAGAGGGUGAGCUGCUGGCACACUUACACCGCUUCUAGGUUUUGGGCUUCUGCUGGAGGCUCAGUUUGGGAGCUGUGAUGUGGGUCGAUUCGUCAGCUGCCUCCUCGUAAUGGAGAGUGAGGUUGGGGGAAAAAAAAUAUUGAUUGUGGAAUAGGAAAUCAAAGGACUGAUCUGCUGCUGUGUUCUGCCUGUGCACAGAAAAGGAUGAUGCAGGGCAGCACUUCCUUGACAGUGCGAUUAAAGGGAAUAAUUGCCAGUUCUUCCUUUUCCUCCGAGCGUCCAGAUCAGUUCCUUUGAAUGUAGAUGAGAUUAUCUCACAGCCCGUGGGUGAGACAUGUAACUCUAGCAGCUAUCUUGGAGUGAGAGGUGAUGAGGGUGGCAAAUUCAAUAGCAGAGUCUGCCCUGUCCCCUUAGGAGAUGGCCAGACCUGCCUGGCUGCCAUGCCAGGUAUUUCUGCCGCUCACGGGGCGGGCUGCAGGUGGGACAUGGUCCCUGCUGCCUCCCUCAUCACAGUUUUCUCGCUGGUGCUUUUGCCAGUGAAAUAAUUCCAGGUUUUCACUCAAAUAUCUUAAACGCUAGCAUGCAAACUAAAGAUCUGAACAGAAAUCGGCUGUGAGAUAGGGGAUCCCUGUACCUGGCUGCCCUCAGAAAUGGUGGAUGAAUGUUUGAUGUGGGCCUCAUUCAGCGAGGCUCUUUCUGGGACACAUCCCAUCUAACAGCUCUGCACGCAGGCUGUAUUGUGUGUGCAGCAUCUUACCCUUUAUUUGAACAUCGCUCAGCACAAACGUGGUGUUUUUGAUGAGCGCAAGUGAAUGCCUUUGAGAUGCUUGAACCUCAUCAGGGAUGGGGGAAAGUCUUGUCACCAAGACCACGCAGAAAUUAAGGCAGUGCCUUCCAAAAAUAAAGACUGGUCAUCUGCCCUGCUUCCGCCGUCGCCACAGAUCCGAUAGGAUUCUCCAACAGCCCGGGUAUGUAUAUGCAACCUGUUGUCCAGGUCUUUUGGGAUGCUUCUGUGAAGUGCGUGCAAAAAUUCUUUUACUCUGUGUGCUUUUUCACUUUUUCUAACUGGUGUUGGGGGAGGGGAAAAAAAAAAGAUCUGAAUCAAGAGUGUAAAAGUAAUUGGUCUGCCCAGAAGAGCUGCUGUAACCCAGCUGUGGUGGGUUAGCAAAUCUCGUGUUGCUUGGCUUAACCUGUGAAUGCUGGGUCACUGUCUGCACUGGCAGUGCAGAGGGGCAGAGCUCUGGUUCUCCGGUGAUACCACUGCAGUAUUCGGAAAAAUCCUUCCCUGCACGGCAAGUUGUGCUGGGUGCUCCCUAUGGGGGCUUCUGGCAUGUACAUGGGAUGUUCCCAGCCUUGCUCGCUGCUCCUUAGCAGCUUUUCUGCAGAGAUGCAGUGGCUCGAAGGCAGUUACCCAAACAAAAUGAGAUUUCAGCUGUGGAGGAGGAGUGAGGGUUAACCACCGUGAGCUCUGUACUGGUGACUGCUGCAUCUGCCAGGCCUUCACCACAGUCUGGUCUGCAGCGUGGGUUUGUUGGUCGCCUCGGGAUUCAAGGUGACUCUGUGCUAAGCCCACCUCUUGGUUUUCUCGCAAAAUUGGUGCAUGAUCCGGGGCCUGGGAAGCUGGGGGUUGCUCCUCCCCGUGAGCAAGCUGGUGAGCUGCUGUCCUGGCUGGGUCAGAGAGCCCCAGGACCCAAGAGGGAGCUUCAAGAAGCAGCAGAAAUCACAACUGCUACAAUGACCCAUCUCUAAGCUCUGCUUGGAGAGCUCCGUAGUGGUGGUGGGAGAGGUGGAGGCUCCCCCUGCCUGGCUCUUCUUCUCUUGAACCUUUGCCCAAGCUUAGACUUGGGUGGAGCCAGGGACUCCAAACUCCCAUCCCUUUUGGAUGCUGUUAGGUGCUGGGGUGCAU